UUGUUUCAUUAACAGUACUGAUAAAAAACAACCUGUUUCUUUAAUAAUAAUAUGACGAAAAUUUUAUUCCAAAUUCUCUGUUUUUUCUUGUUUUCAAUAAAUCUGAUAUCGGCGAAGUCAAGCGAAAAGCAUCUUUCUUUACGAGACGCUAAAAUAACUCAAAAAGCCUUUUUUGAUGUCAAAGUCGAAGAUAAGGAACCGAUUCGUAUUAUUAUGGGUCUUUUUGGAGAAGACGUUCCCCUAACAGUAGCCAAUUUUGUUGCUUUAUGCUCAGGAACCCAUAAAGACAAAACAACGAACAAAACCCUUUCAUAUACAAACAGCGUUUUCCACCGCAUCAUUCCAAAUUUUAUGAUUCAAGGGGGCGACAUUACGCAUGGAACUGGUGUUGGCUCAAUCAGCAUUUACGGGAAAAAAUUUAAAGACGAAAACUUUUUGUAUAAACAUGAAGAGCCCGGUGUUUUAUCUAUGGCUAACUCUGGUCCUGAUUCGAAUGGGUCUCAAUUCUUUAUCACUACCGUUCCCACUCCAUGGUUAGAUGGUGCCCAUGUCGUUUUUGGACGGGUAUUAAACUAUGAUGAACUCGGUAUCACGAAAAUAGAAUCAGUCGGGUCUUUAAGCGGAGCACCGCAAAAGACGGUAACUAUCGUCAAUUCUGGUGUUCUUCCCCAUUAAAUUUACAUAUAAUUUACUAACUUUUGGUGACCUAGAGAAUUCUGCAACUGUUUUAUUUUUUUAAGUUUUAAUUUCAAGAAAAAUCCUUGUCACAGAAUUCUUGUUUUAAAGUGAAGGAUUUAUUGUGUAUAAACAAUAAAUUAUUACAUGGUACCAAUUGUUUAUAUAACAUUUU